UCCAAUUUCUCGCCUGCAAGUCACUACAUUCUCCGAACCUGGACCCCGAAUCCAACGAUAGCGCUGUCUAGGUUCGUCUCCUUUGUUACUUCUACGGCUGGCGUUGUUUGCAGAGGUGAGAGGGCUAAUGUUUUGGUUAGUUGUUUGGUGGUAAUCAGCUGAAAGUGAGUGACGAUGACGCAGAGCGUCUUGUUGGUGAUGAUCAAACAGCGGUCCUCGGAUACUGAGAAGCGUGGUAAGCUCGCGGAGCGUCAAAAGUCUACAGUAUUUUCUUUCCAACGUUUGUGUUUUUCAAAGUGAUAGCAGACGAGGAGAGCAGUUGCACUAACGUAAGGAAUUACACUAGCAGUAAAGGAGAACGAAUUGUCGUGUGCCUCGCAGCCCAUUGCCGGCAAAUGGGUUAGCGUAAAAAGGAUGGGUAACGAAACGUAUUCUGUCGGAUAAACGACGACGUUGGUGUGAUGAUCAACAUUUUGUCUUUUGAUAAAAAUUAAUUGACUAUGUCUCUGACAACGACGACGAAAUUAUCUAAAAGUAGAUGAACAUCUCGACCUUGUGACUGUAAAAAGAACGACGAAUAUGCUAUAAAAUAAACUACAGCAGUCGUUGAGACAGGGUUCGCCGGUCCAAAUGGCCUUCGUAGUGAAGCUGGCUCAAAGGAAACUUGCUGCUCUCGACGAGCGCUUCUGUCGCUCGUUUGGGGGAGCUUAACAAGGGCUUAGAGUGUUUGUGUGUAGAUGCUUCCAAACUGAAUCAAAUCUAGCACGACGACUGUGAGAGCGACGGUUUCGGUUGAAUAUCGAUUACAGGGCCGAGAUACGUAAAAAGAACAGUUUCACCCCGCACGUAGUCUACGCACUAUGGUGUCCCACGAACAGGAACCACGGCAAGCAAUGAUAAUGGAGUUCUGUGGUAACAAUACCCUAUGGUAUUCUAACCACAACCGCAUUCGGAUGCGUCGGAUACAUCGAGGGCACUAAGGAUAUUUUAGACUGGGAACUCAUGUGGAAUACGACAAACCCGGAGUUAACGCGUUGUUUUCAAGACACAGUCCUCAUAUGGGUACCCUGUGCCGCGUUGUUCGUCUUCGCAGUCAUUGAAGCCUUUGCAGGGCAGGGCAGGACCCUUCGGUUACCGUGGACAACGCUCAAUUUUACUAAAAUUGUGAUAUGUACGAUUUUAGCUUUUGUACAAAUGUGCGAACUAUGGAAUGUUAUCAGUCAGCCAUUGACCUAUUUUCGCUCAGAGCUCUGGAGUCCGAUCGUCCAGCUCGUCACAAUUUUCUUUGCUGCCACUUUCAUUAUGUACCAGAAGAAUCGCGGUCAGGUUACCUCCGCGUCGUUGUUCGCCUUCUGGUUUCUAUACACGAUAGCGACCGGCAUACGCUACCGGACUGCAAUGAAUGCCGCGUUUCUGCCCAACGCCCCCCAGCUGGCUACAACGGAUAAGCUACGUUUCACAUUGGCAGUUAUUGCAUUUGGCCUGUCAUCUGUCCAGUUAACUUUGAGUUGUUUCGCCGAUCGACGGCUGUCGCAUUUAAUCGAUAAGCAUAGACGGAAUCAAUGUCCUGAAAAAGAUGCCUCUUUUCUUUCGAGCCUUGUUUUCUGGUGGUUUAACCGAAUGAUAGCUCUUGGAUACGAAAGAGCAUCAAAAAAAUCGGGACUUUAUCUGGAAGAUGUGUGGGCAUUGGACGAAGAUAAUACAACCGAAACCAUAGUUAGAAAGUUUCUACCGUAUUACAACUCAGAAAAAAAAAAAAACAAAGCUGAUGGAUCUUCGAAACAGGGCAGGGAGGAUGGAACACCAGUGCUCAAAAGUCAGCUUAACAUCCUUUAUCCGUUACUGAAAACUUUCGGCCUACCUCUUCUUGGAACGGCCGUCAUCAAACUCGUCGUAUCAUUAAUCACCUUUGUUGCUCCAGUGAUUCUUAACUCGCUGAUCACAUUCGUUCAAACGGAUGAGCCUGCGUGGAAAGGCGUGUUCCUUGCUACAGUAAUGCUUUCCUCGUUAAUGGCUGAGUCGCUUUUAAACAACCAGUACGAGUACCGCCUUUACCGUAUCAGCAUGCAGGUACGCUCUGCGAUUAUUCAUGCAAUCUACGUGAAGGCCCUCACUCUGAGCGGAUAUGCAAGAGGCCAGUAUACAACAGGAGAGAUUGUUAACUUGAUGUCCGUCGACACGCAAAGGAUCAUGGACCAAGUGAACAUGAUGAACAUGUUAUGGUCAAUACCCCUUCAGAUUGGUAUUUCGAUUUGGAUGCUUUGGCAACAGCUAGGGAUCGCUACACUUGGUGGAGUCUUCGUCAUGAUCCUUCUUAUGCCAGUCAACGCCGUGGUCACAAUUUUGCUCCGGAAAUAUCAGGUCUCCUUAAUGCGUAACAAGGAUAAGCGUACAAAGCUCAUGAACGAGAUUCUAUCCGGUAUUAAGGUGCUUAAACUCUAUGCUUGGGAGACGUCCUUUAUGAGACGUAUCGACAAUCUACGUAAUAAAGAAUUAGAGUCACUUCGGAAGCAAGCGUGGUUGAGCGGCUUCAUGGUGUUCGCCUUCACAAGCGCUCCAUUCCUCGUAUCGCUGGCUUCGUUUGCCACCCAUGUCCUUUCGGAUCCUGCCAAUGUUCUCGAUGCGAACAAAGCUUUUGUUUCACUAUCGCUCUUUAACAUCUUGAAGCUGCCGAUGGCCUUCCUGCCGAUGCUCGUUUCGUUCACAGCCAUGUUCUUUGUAUCCCUCAACCGAGUUAAUAAAUAUCUUCGAUCUGAUGAACUCGAUAAGGACGCAGUGCAGAGGAUUAAAGGAGCGGCUAGCGCGAUCAGCAUCAGGAAUGGUACGUUCCAGUACGCAGCUGACGCGGAAACUCCUACCCUUCAGGACAUCAAUAUGGAGAUUAAGCAUGGUCAGCUAAUAGCUAUCGUAGGAACUGUGGGAACAGGUAAAACCACGCUGCUUGGCGCACUCAUGGGUGAGGUGGUCAAGAAAUCAGGAAACGUCACCGUGUCGGGCUCGGUCGCGUACGUACCGCAACAGGCUUGGAUCCAAGGUACUUCGAUUAAAAACAACAUUCUAUUUGGAAAUAAAUUCGACCGUGCCCGCUAUGAGCAGGUCCUUGAUACGUGUGCCCUACGUCCCGAUCUCGAGAUGCUGCCUGGAGGAGACGAGACUGAAGUCGGCGAGAAGGGUAUCAACCUUAGCGGUGGCCAAAAACAGAGAAUUUCGUUGGCGCGCGCUGUAUACGCACAGAGAGAUAUUUAUUAUUUCGACGAUCCGCUAGCUGCUGUAGACAGCCAAGUCAGCAAACAUAUUUUCGACAAAGUCAUCAGCAAUACAGGCAUACUGGCCGGCAAGACACGCAUCCUAGUGACACAUCGGCUAUCCGUGUUGAAUUCAUGCGACGUAGUAUACGUACUUAAGGACGGCAGAAUAUCCGAAUGGGGAACCUACAAAGAACUUGUUGCGCGCAAGGGAGCUUUCUCCGAUUUUUUGAUGCAGCAUUUUCAAGAUAAGGCGCCCGACGAGGAAAUCCCCGAAGAAGAUCUGAAAGCCAUGGAAGAGAUCGUCAAGGGGGGCGCAGCCCCGCCACAGCUCGUCAAGCAAAUCUCGAUUGUAAGCGGGGGCGAAAGUGAUGGCGGGUCAGAGCUGGGGUCCCUUCGACGGAAGACCUCCACAACUAGAACGGUCUCGACUGCAUCGAGCAUCAAAUCAAUCAAACCACGUGACUCUAAACAAAAUCUUGCUGGCGGCGCAGAAGAGUCCAAGAAUCGGCCCGGAGCAGCACUUACCAAGGAUGAGGAAGCUCAAGUGGGUUCUGUCAACUGGAAAGUGUACCGCGACUACAUCGUGGCUAUGGGCCUCGUGGGAUCUAUGGUUACGUUGAUUGCUUUCAUAAUGGGCAAUGUAUUCAAUAUCCUUACGUCAAUCUGGCUUUCGAAAUGGAGUGAGGACGCAAUCGAUCCCGAGCUGGCCAACAGUAUCGCUCAACGAGACUACCGACUUGGUUUAUACGCGAUGUGGGGUGCGGGAGAAACGAUGUUUGCUUUAAUUGCAUCUAUCUCGUUGAACCUGAUCGCUUUAGAAGGUGGACGGGUUCUUCAUGAGAGGAUGGUUCAGCGCGUUCUUCGAGCUCCCAUGUCAUUUUUUGACACCACACCAAUGGGGCGAGUUCUCAACAGGUUUUCAAAGGAUAUUGAUGCGGCAGACAUAACCAUGCGUUUCAAUCUGCGAAUGGCCAUCCAACAAUCCUUUAGGACAAUCGCAUCACUAACUCUAAUUUCAAUGCAAACUCCAGUCUUCUUAGUACUUGUGUUGCCUCUCGGGAUAAUUUACUACUACGUCCAGAAAUACUACAUUUCAACCUCACGUCAACUGAAACGGAUCGACUCAACUUCUCGUUCGCCUAUUUACAUGCAUUUCUCCGAGACUUUGACCGGCUGUACGUCUAUUCGGGCGUACGGUGCCGAAGGACGUUUCAUCGCACUAUCGAACUUAAAGACGGAUAUAAAUCAUUCGGCCUACUAUCCAUCUUUAGCUGCAUCCCGAUGGCUGUCCGUAAGGCUUGAGUUCCUUGGUUACGUAAUCGUGUUCCUUGCAUCUCUUCUCGCAGCUUUGGCCAGGGACGUGCUUACACCAGGCCUGGCGGGUCUCUCGAUCAGUUACGCGCUUACGAUUACCGGAACGUUAAAUAUGCUUGUAAAGUCGACUUCAGACGUGGAGACCAAUUUCGUUUCAAUCGAACGCUGUCUCGAAUAUGCAGACAUUGAAGUCGAGGCUGAUUGGGUGGUGGAAUCGAAUCGGCCUGAAUUCAAUUGGCCACAAGAGGGUGCUAUCCAGUUCCACGAUUAUUCAACACGCUACCGUGAUGGGUUACCUCUUGUCGUAAAGGACAUCAAUGUACAGAUGAACCCGGGAGAAAAGGUUGGCGUCGUGGGCCGUACCGGUGCAGGAAAGUCAUCAUUGACGUUGUCGUUAUUCCGUUUGAUCGAGGCGGCAAGCGGUUACAUCGUGAUCGAUGGAAUAAACAUCUCGCGCAUUGGGCUACAUGACCUCCGAUCAAAGUUAACAAUCAUUCCGCAGGAUCCUGUGCUCUUCUCGGGUACCCUUAGGGAAAACCUCGACCCAUUUGAAGAACAUACUGACGAGUCCAUUUGGGCAGUCCUGGAGCAGGCGCAUCUUAAAUCGUUUAUUACCGAACUAGACAAGAGUUUGCUGUUUGAGGUGACCGAAGGCGGAGAAAACAUGAGCGUUGGCCAACGACAACUCGUGUGUCUUGCCAGGGCUUUGUUGAGGAAGACGAAGAUUCUCAUUCUAGACGAGGCGACCGCCGCCGUCGAUGUGGAAACCGACGACUUGAUUCAAAAGACACUCAAACAGGAAUUCAGCGAUUCGACAACGCUUACCAUUGCGCAUAGAUUGAACACCAUCAUUGAUCACAAUAAGGUUAUGGUGAUGUCCGACGGUCUGGUGGUGGAGUAUGAGAAUCCUCAGGUGCUUCUGAAAAAACAGGACUCACUUUUCUACGCUAUGGCUAAGGAUGCAGGAUUGGUCUAAAAAUAGUUAUAGAAGCAAUAGGAUGAAAAUAUUUAAACGGCGAAAAAAUCGAACGGAACUAAUUUAGGAUAAUGCAACAGUUAUAGCAAAAGAAACUUACCGCUAACCUGUGUGCAAAGAAAUGCUCGACAGCAUGUACUUUUGUCGCAUGUUAAGCAUGCACUCAAUAGAAUUUUCUUAUUUAUUGUAAUAUAAUAAUGAAAAAAAUUAAAAGUGAACGAACAACAGCCCUCUAGCGUGGCGCAGGGCUGUUGUUCGUUUAUUUUUUUUUAUAGAGAGGCCCUGCUCAAAUAGUAUUUGCUCGACCCCCGCCCCCCAUAAUGAUUCAGAAGAGUAAGAAAACAGUUUCAUCAAGGAUGAUGAGCUCAUUCUACCACUAUCAUAACGUCUACAUGGACAGGAACUUAGGAUAUGAUAAAAAGUGAGUUUGCCAAAACGCUAAUCCGGUCUUGAUACGAUCUGGCCUAAUUUACUGCCUGGACUACGAAUUAGUCACCUUUGUUACCUCUUAUUAUUCUUUUCUAUUUGUUUGCAUGAACGUUAGAUAAAAAUUGCGCGUGCAAACAUGAAAAAUUCAAUCACUACGCUUACCUAAACACCAUAAUGUAAUGAUAGAAAACUGUGGAACUCUAAAGAAUUGUGUUUAUAUAUAUAUAUGAAAUAUUAACGAUAUUAUAUAAGCUCUAUGCGUACUUUGCUAUGCAUAGGCUCCUUUCUAUAGGCAUGAUGUAUGUUUUUUUAUAAAAAGUACUGUAAAAAACCAAUGCAUAAAUAAAAGAGUAAAUAGCUUGUAUAUUUUUAUGUAAUUAA